UUCCGCCCAUCUCCUACAUACUGCCCUCUCCCUCACCCUCUGCAGUUGGAUGUCUUAAGCUUUUCUUCAACUUUCUUUUUGGGCAGAUGUAACCCCUGCCUGCCUGUCUAACCCUUAGAAUACUGAAUAACCACAUACCUGAAGAUUAGUGACAAGUUUGCCUGGGAAGGAAGAAAGGAUCUAAGAGUUUAUUGACAGGAGAAAAGUUGGGACAGAGACUGACAAACUGUUCCUUCCUCAGCUACUGGGAAACAGUCACACAGAAGUUCAGAGAAAGUCACAGGAGCAUGCAGUCAUGGACUGCAAUGGAGACUAUGCCCCAAUAAUGAACCAUACCAAGGUCAGCAGUGAAGACACAUCUCAUGAAACCCAUGGCUUACCAGCUGCAGCUCCAACCUGGGAUAUACAAUGGCCAUCCAGUGCAAUGACUGAUGACAUUACACCUUCUUACUGGCCUGGAGCCUGGAAAGCAGACCCAAAAGGAAAAUCAGCACACCAGGUACAAGCUCUAUGGGCUGCCCUGUGGGUAAGGGAGCUGCUCCUAAAGUCAGAAGAAACAGAAGUGGAUGUGAGAAAAAGAGACAUACAGAGAGACCGACAGCGAGACAGGAGGGCGAGAGACCGGACAUUCAGAGACUCUUGCCCUGACAACUCCAUGCAGUUCGGAACGAGGACACCGGCAAGCGAGCCUGGGUACAUGGGGGCAUGGCAGAACUGUGAUGCCAAUCUUCUCUUCAGAAUGUCCCAACAGGCCAUCCGAUGUACACUUGUAAAUUGCACUUGUGAAUGUUUCCAGCCUGGGAAGAUUAAUCUGAGAACCUGUGACCAAUGUAAACAUGGCUGGGUGGCACAUGCUUUGGACAAGCUUAGCACUCAGCAUCUGUACCACCCAACACAAGUGGAGAUUGUACAAUCCAACGUAGUGUUUGACAUCAGCAGCCUUAUGCUGUAUGGUACACAGGCCGUGCCUGUGCGGCUCAAGAUUCUGCUGGAUCGUCUCUUCAGUGUGCUCAAACAAGAAGAAGUUUUACACAUCCUGCAUGGCCUGGGAUGGACGCUACGGGACUAUGUCCGUGGAUAUAUACUUCAGGAUACUGCUGGCAAGGUCCUGGAUCGUUGGGCAAUUAUGUCUCGAGAAGAAGAGAUUAUCACCCUACAGCAGUUUCUACGAUUUGGAGAGACCAAAUCCAUUGUGGAACUCAUGGCCAUUCAAGAAAAGGAAGGACAGGCAGUUGCUGUCCCUUCUUCAAAAGCUGAUUCAGAUAUAAGAACUUUUAUCGAAAGCAACAAUCGCACCAGAAGUCCAAGUGUAGUCUCACAUUUGGAGAACAGUAACCCUUCUAGCAUUCACCACUUUGAAAACAUGCCCAAUAGCCUUGCAUUUCUCCUUCCAUUCCAGUAUAUCAACCCAGUCUCUGCUCCUAUGCUGGGAUUACCUCCUAAUGGGCUCAUGUUAGAGCACCCUGGACUAAGGUUGCGUGAACCGAACAAUUCAAGUCAGAAUGAAUGUGAAGAGACCAGUGAGUCUGAAGUCUCCCCUAUGCCUUAUAAUAGGAACGAGCAAACAUCCAAUAGAAAUGCCUUGAGUAGCAUCACAAAUGUAGAGCCAAAAACAGAGUCAAACAAUGCCUCCCCAACUCAUGCAUCUACUCCUGUCAGUGACAUAAAUAAGUCUGAGCAUGUCAAAAGUUCUUUCAAGAUUCACAGAAUGAGGAGGAUGGGAGCUUCAUCACGGAAAGGCAGGGUAUUUUGCAAUGCUUGUGGCAAAACCUUUUACGAUAAAGGAACACUAAAAAUCCAUUACAAUGCUGUGCAUCUUAAGAUAAAACACAGAUGUACUAUUGAAGGUUGUAACAUGGUUUUCAGUUCUCUUAGAAGUAGAAAUAGACAUAGCGCAAAUCCCAAUCCUCGACUUCACAUGCCAAUGCUGCGAAACAAUAGAGAUAAGGACCUUAUUCGUGCAACAUCUGGAGCUGCUACACCUGUAAUAGCAAGUACAAAAUCCAGCUUAUCUUUAACCAGCCCUGGUCGACCUCCAAUGGGCUUUUCAACACCACCUUUGGAUCCUCUUUUGCAAAAUUCUCUUUCCAGUCAACUAGUGUUUCCAGCUUUAAAAACUGUACAGCCUGUUCCUCCUUUUUACAGAAGUUUACUUAAUUCAGGAGACCUAGUGAGUCCUCCAACAUCACUACCUACUAGUCCAAUAUUGCCAGCACCUUUAGGGGUAGAACAACCUCUUCCUCCUCUGCCUCAAGAGCUGUCAUCAACUGUGAUUAACAUGUCAACACAGGACUCUAAUGCAGAUCUUGCUCCUAAGAAAAAGCCAAGAAAAUCUAGUAUGCCAGUUAAAAUUGAGAAGGAAGUCAUUGAUACUGCUGAUGAAUUUGAUGAAGAAGAAGAAAACCUUGAACAUGGCCCUUCGACAAAUGACAUUGGUCAUGAUAGCCAUUCUCAAGGUGAGGUGAGCCCAGGAUUGUCAGUAAACAGUUAUUCAAAAACAAGUAGUAACAGAUGUAUAAUGCGUUCAGACACCAGAGCAAACAGUAUAACGUCUGAAGACCAGGAACACGAGAGAGAUUUUGAUAAUGAAUCAGAAUCCUCUGAGCCAAAGUUUUGUGAUGAGCCGAUGGAGGAUAACCUUCCAAUCCACAAAGAUGGCAAUAUUAGGACAGAAAAUGAUAAAUCCUAUGAAAACCAUAUUGACAGUCAUCACCAGGCUGUCAUUAAGGUUAAAGAAGAGUUUACAGACCCUACAUAUGAUAUGUUUUACAUGAGCCACUACGGACUUUACAAUGGGGGUAGUGCUGGCAUGGCUGCUCUUCAUGAAAGCUUAGCUUCAUCUUUGAGUUAUGGAAGCCCUCAAAAAUUUUCUCCAGAGGGGGACCUGUGCUCAAGCCCAGACCCUAAAAUUUGCUAUGUGUGCAAAAAAAGUUUCAAAAGCUCAUACAGUGUGAAGCUGCACUACAGGAAUGUUCAUCUAAAAGAGAUGCACGUAUGCACAGUAGCUGGUUGCAAUGCUGCUUUCCCUUCACGUAGGAGUAGAGACAGGAAAAAGUCUUGCGGUUGCCAAAGACACAGUGCCAAUAUAAACCUUCACCGCAAACUGUUGACCAAAGAACUGGAUGAGAUGGGGCUGGACUCCUCUCAGCCCAACCUCCGAGAUGAGUUCUUGGCAAAAAUCUAUGGCGGUCAACAUUCCAUGGGCUUUGAUGUUAGAGAAGACACCAUCUCGCCAGUUGGUACAGAAUAUUCCCACAUCAACGGAUAUGGGCAAAGCUUGGCAGAUGACUACAUGGUCUUAGACUUGAGUACAGCCUCCAGCAUCCAGUCCAGCAGCAGUAUCCAUUCUUCUCGAGAGUCUGAUAUAGGCAGCGAUGAAGGUAUCCUCCUUGAUGACAUUGAUGGUGCCAGUGACAGUGAAGAGUCCUCUCAGAAGGCUAAUGUCUCUGCUUCGCUAAUGGGACCAGGCAAUGAUAUGACAGAAUCUUCCUUAUAUAACAACUUUGCCAUGAGCAACGGUGGAAUAAUGUGCAACAUUUGCCACAAAAUGUACAGUAACAAAGGAACCCUGCGGGUUCAUUACAAGACAGUGCAUUUGCGGGAGAUGCAUAAAUGCAAAGUGUUUGGAUGUAACAUGAUGUUCUCCUCUGUACGCAGCCGAAAUCGGCAUAGUCAAAACCCUAAUCUCCAUAAAAACAUUCCAUUCUCUGCUGUGGAAUAGCUUCCAAAUGGACAAACAAACUUCAGAUUUCACAGAUAAACUGUUCCAUAUUUAUAUAUAUACGUACAUAUAUAAAAAUGUAUAUGUAUGUUAUAUAUCUAUAUAAAUAUAUAUAAAUCUAGAUAUAUAUUCUUUUUUAUCGAACAGAGAAAAAGAAAACUACAAAACACUAGGUGCUUUUUUAUUUUCACUUAUUGGUGAAACUGCCCUGAAAAGGACUACCGAAUGGACAAAACUAAAAACACGCAGUCACUUAUACCUUUCCUUAGUUUAUUUUCUUUUUCCUUUACUUUGGUUUAUGAAAUGAAGUACUUGGUUAUCUCCAAAGAUAGUGUCUUAAUAUUCCAGUGACUCUUGCUUGCAAAGAAAAUUACUGAACAUUUCUUUCUUUUUAAUUUCCAAAUCACACCUAGGUUUUUAUUUGGAGAAGACUACACAUGGCAGAUUCACCUGUAAAUAUGGAGUCCCAUUAGGUGGACAGUGUUGUAUUGAUGGUUGUGUACUCCUGUUAUCUUGUUGCAGUUCCAUCAAGCUGUAUGCAGCAUAACAAGCCUCUGUCUAGCUCUGUCUCUUUAUUUUAGCUUUAAUGCACAUUUUGGCAACACAGGCACCGAAACAUGACCAUUUUAUGACUACCUGCUAGAUGUAGCAUUACCAUGGUGUUGCAUGCUUAAAGCACUAUCCAUACAUUGUUCUUUUUUUUCUUUCUUGUCUUUUGUACUUUUUGUAUAAAAGCAGUCAUGCACUUUCCCCACCCAAACACUACAUUGGUGUAUAAUGAUAUUCUUAUUUAACUCUUUAGUGCUGAGAGAAUUAUAAUCUUGGCAAAACUCUACCAUCUCCUGUGCUGAAGUGAGUGAAGCAACAUUAUUAUCUUGGAUGGCCUUGUAGGGCUGGUCAGUUAAAUGGCAUGGUUGCCAAACAAAGAAAGUAUUAAUAGAGUUUUGCAAAAUGUUACAACUGCCAAAUUUGCACAAAUAGCUAAACUGCAUAAAAUUCUGCAAAAUGUAAGCCAUAAAAUAAGGGGCUCUUAUAAAAAGUUAUAAUUUUCCAGAGAAGUCACAUUAUGAUAGUAAGAGAAAGCGUACUUUAGCACUCCAGUUCCUCCCCUUCCUGUCUCUAACAUGGAGAUCCUAUAGAGCAAGGGAAGCAUAUAAGGUUGCUAGUCUACACAAUAUAUUGUAAUAUAGAUCGAUAUUUUUCCAGGGCUUACAGAGUUCACCUACAUAAUUAUUACAUGAAGAGGCCAGAAUGCCAAUCGUAUUAUUGGAUAAUAUACAAUUGAUUUUAUAUUUUCAGCAGUAGAAGAUUUGUAGCAUUCUUGCAUAGUAUGUGCUUGUUUCCACUCAAAGGAUGACAUCUUAUUUUGUUGUACACAAGUGACAGUAUUACAGGGAAUUACAAAUUGAUCACCAUUUUAAAGCUAUGUGGAGAAAUAUCUUCAUAUUGUUAAAAACUGCGUAGCUACACACACAUUAAUGGUCUAUUCACACGUACAGUAUUCUGCACAGAUUUGACGUGCAGGAUUUUCUGCUGUAGAUUUCAAUGUAAACUAAAUGACUGAAAACAGCUUGAAAUCCUGCGUAUCAAAUCUGCAAAGAAUACUGUAUAUGUGAAUAGACCCUAAAUAUUCAAAAUAAUACAUUGCAAAGCAUUGUUAGUCAGUGGUGUUCACUAUGAAAGUACUGUAGAUAGAGACAGGUUGAACAUAGUAUGGGAAGAUGUUAUUUUGUAACAAACCUAAAUUAUGUUAGUCUUCUCUUCUUCCAAAAAUAUCCUAUAUCUCUAACCAACAAGACCUCAUAUCUAAAGCUUAAAUGUCAGAAGAAUUCAGAUCUAGUAAAAUCAGUCAACUCAUUUUGGGUACACAUGAGCACUUCUUCCUACUUAAAAAUUUUUUUUUUUUUUGGCAAAGGGUAGUCGGAGAAUCUUGGAGAUUGAGAAGUGGAUCUUGGCAGGCUAGAAAGUCCGAUUGAAAUAUUAGAUUAACCCUAAACUGUAAUUAUUGUGGCUUUGUAGAAAUAUAUAUUUUAGUGAUGACUCACUAUAAUAAAAACUGUACCAACAAAUGUGCUCACAGACCAGAGUAAACUACACUUAUUAUAAAUUAAAUGGUUCCCUAGUAAAUAGUUUCACAAACACAACAUUUUUAUCACUCUAGAGGUAAUUCAGAUGUCGCAAGUCAUCUUCCAGUAAAAGAAUUUAAUAAUGCAUCCCAACUUUACAAGGCUGGACCUGUAUGUAGUAAAUAGUUCCAGAUGAUUCCCCUAACCUCUCCUGAUAUAAGACUCAGCCAAAGUCAAUCCCUAGAUAUUUAUUUCACCAGAAACAGGCAUGAGUAUUAGUGUUUUUUGCGCUUUUUGGCUUUGUCCUGGGAAUUGAGAUAUAUAGAUUGGAAACCAACAAACACUUCUCUUAGCAUUUGGGUGGUCACAAAGGCCUUGUGACUUUACAAUUAUCACAGGUUCCUCACUUUGGGUCAAAAGUUGAAGCACUUACAAUGUAAAAACUGAGAAUCACAUGCUUGACCUCAAAUGGAAAGUAUUUGUAUUCCAAUAAAAAAAGAAACAAUAAAGAGAAAAAGAUACAUGUUCUUUGUAUUCCUGGGGGAUCUCUGCAAAAGAAAAUACAUGUAGAAAGUUAGUAAAAAAAAAAAAAAAGAAAAAAAAAAGCGCAAGGCACUUUUAUCUUGAAAUUUUGGUGUGUUUCCGGAAUUACCUAUCUUGCCUAAGCGAGUGCACCAUUACAUUGCUGCAAACUCUUCUAGAAGGAGGAUAUUUACUUGUCUUCAGCGUUCUGCCAAAAUUGUAGAUUUCUAUCUGCAUUGAAACCUGUUUUCCAAUUAAUACCUCUGUUAACAAUACGAACUCUGAGAUGCAUCAAUGCACGAUCUCUAUAUUCCAAGGCUCUGAAUAUCAUAUAUUUAAGUUACAGCAUCAGCUAUCUAUGAUUAUCCUCGCCUUUCUUAUAUUUGCAACAAAUGUCUCAUGUUUGCCAAAGGAAUUUAUUCUAUGCGUUCUUCUUUGUUGUUUUAUUGUACAUGACACUCUUUUUGGAUUACAAACAUACACAUUUCUAGCAGACAGUAUUUACAAUGACACUGAUUGCUGAAAAUUUUCUUAUUAAAGAACUGUUUAAGAAAUUGGCCAAAAAGGAAAAACCGAUUAUGAUUCUUCCUGGGUCAAAAAGUGAUUAAAGACUGAAUAUACUUGUGAAAAGACUAAAAGACUUUUCUUUUUUUUCUUUUUUUUUUUUUUUUGUUUAUUUAAACUUGCAUUGUCCAACACUAAUGUUUACUGAGAAAAGCUGAGGAAUUUUUGAUGACCAUUUUUUUGGGAAAUGUCACUGAGUUUUAAGUACUACUCUCGGUUAAACUGAAUAGUAUUCAGCUUAGUUUUUAUACUGUUCAUGUAUACUGUAUGUGUUUGUUAAAUUGCAACCGGAUUAAGUAAAGUGUACUCUUCUUACUGAGUUUGUAUGUGUGUCAUGCUGCAAUUCUCUUGUACUGCCUUUUUAUCUACAAAACUGGGGAACGUCACUGUUUCAAGACAUAAUGAACCGUUUCAAUCCGAAUAGUUUAUUCUGUUCAAUAAAAACAUGUUUUAAUAAUAAAAGAACAAAUUUAAAUACAUAAUUUCUUUAA